GAUCAACGCAAGUUGUUUGUCCCCUUAGUCGACGCUCUUACCUCGCGGUGCCCAUUGCAUACCGCCAACACACUUCAUGCUCGCUCACAACCCGCUCAAGCGACGUGCAGAAGAACCGCUUCUGCCUUUAUACGCCCCGAAGCGCCCCCGAAGGUCCCCACCACCCCCACCGAAGUCACUCUCUACCCGCUGGAUUGAAGUUGGCGAGAAGGCCAUGGAUCUCUUUCACGAUACCGGUCUCUUUCUCUACUACACAGUAACAGACUUCGUCUUCGGUUAUGAGCGCGUGGAGCCGACACAGCCUCAUGUGCAGUCACAGAGGCAACUCAAGUCGCAGGCCUCAGGCCACCAUCCGUCGUAUCCUAUCUCUCCGCCGUCAUCUUCCCCGCCAUCGCCCUUGAAGAAGACUAUUUGUUUGAAGAGUGCCAUGAAGCCCUCCAGCUCUGAUGAUAUUGUAUACGAGCCCCGCAGUUUUCUGCCGUCGCCGCCUCUGUCUUCCACGUCGUCGAGCGAGACAUCAGCCUUCUCAAAUUUGAACGAAGCGGGUCUAAGCAGUAAGCGUACUGUGAGAUUCAAGUCCCCGCCUCCCCCGCCACGCCCCCAGUCUGUCUGCGAAGACGAGUCGGAUUUGAGGCAACCGCUGUGCCCUACCAACAACACCAUUUCCGAUCGCCCACCACUGCCCACCCCACCUCCUAGCAAUGCUUCCGGUUCUUCGCCUAGCCCCCCGACUACCUUCUUAGGGCUGUAUCCGAAGAUUGAUCAAGCUCUCACGGCUGCGAUCCACCGCCAAACCAAGGCCAAAGCCAAGGUGCCGCGGAAAAUCAAGCACCGAGAACAUAUAUUCCAUAGUCAAUUUAAGGCUAAUGUUAAAGAUCAAUUGAGGAAGACGAGAGAAGACAUGGAGCGAGAGCUUUACUUGCUCAGAAAACGAACAUCCGGCUUCCGAUCAUCGAUGAGAGAAUUCCGAGGAUGGCUAGGUUAUCGAGAACGAUUGGAACUUUUGCAAAAACUUGAGGACAUGAGGCGUGCGUAUUUUAAGGAGC